AUCAACAUGUCUAAAAAAAGAGGUCUUAGUGUGGAAGAAAAAAGAGUUCGGAUGAUGGAAAUAUUUUUUGAGACUAAAGAUGUAUUCCAAUUAAAAGAUUUGGAGAAAAUUGCACCCAAAGAAAAAGGAAUUACGUCCAUGUCUGUAAAGGAAAUUCUUCAAAGCUUAGUGGAUGAUGCAAUGGUAGACACAGAUCGUAUUGGAACGUCCAAUUAUUUUUGGGCUUUUCCUAGCAAGGCUCUUCAUGCUCGGAAACGAAAACUAGAGACUUUGGAGAGUCAGUUCACAGAAGCUAACCAGAAAAAAAAUACCUUACAGCAAAGUGUUGAAAAAGCAAAAGUUGGACGUCAAGAUACGGAGGAGCGAUCAACAAUGUCAAAGGAGCUGGCAGCUCUGAGACAGCAAAGAGACAAAUUUAAGACAGAACUUGAGAAAUACAAAGAAUGCGACCCAGAUGUUAUUGACGAAAUGAGACAGUCAAAUAAAGUAGCCAAAGAAGCAGCAAACCGAUGGACAGAUAAUAUAUUUGCUGUAAAAUCAUGGGCCAAGAAAAAGUUUGGUUUUGAAGAGAGUAAAAUUGACAAGACUUUUAGUAUACCUGAAGAUUUUGACUACAUUGAAUAAUUUAAUAUUUAAGCUUACUGUUUAUAGACACCUACAUUUUAUUGUUGAUCGUUUAUUGUUAUACUCUCCAUGAAUAUGGUCUUAUACUUUUUAUAACCGGAAAUUGCUGUUCAUCUUGGUUUUUUUUUUUUUUUGUGGUUUUUUUUUUACUUUUGUGUUAUUUACUUUUAUGUUGUAUAUAUUAAAGUUACAUUUUUUUUUCUGUUUAAUGUACAUUGCAAUGACUUUCUCUGGUGACUUGAAAAUAAAUGUACAAGCCUGUAUUUUUCCUAUU